CGCGCUCGCAACCACUCGAACUAACCGAGCAGCCGGCGCGCGGCGCGGCGUCCGCAGCUGCGCACGGCGGUGACCGGCUCGUUCAGCGCGCCGUCCGCGCCCGAGGCCGAGGCCUCCGGACAGCGGCGUCGGCGCGCGGCGCUGCGGCUGCUGCUGUCGGUGGCGUCGGUGGUGGCGACGAACGCGUUCGGGGGCUCGCUCACCAGCCACCUGUCGCGCGCGCGCUACGCCCGCGAGCUGGACUCGCUGGCCGACGUGGACGCCGCCGUGCGCCACGUGCACAUCUUCCCGGCCUACACCAGCCACUUCGUCGCCCUCGACGACGGCGACCCCGCCAAGCGCCUCGCGCGCAAAUUUGUGCACAUGCUGCCGCACCAGAACGCCUCCGAGUUGUUCUCGCAGCUGCCGGCGUACUCGCGCGCCGGCCGCUCGCUGCUGCACCAGGCGCGGCAGUGCGCGCUGACGCCCGCCUUCAAGGCCAUGGCCGUCGUCAAGGGCUCCCCGCUCGAGCCGCGCCUCAACUCGCUCAUCCAGCGCGCUCUCCAGUUCGAGCGCGACGCGCUGGGCAACGUGCACGCCAAGCGCAACAGCUCCGCGCAGCGCGUGGGCGCGGCCCCGCAGCCCUACCGCCCCUACCGACUCGCCCUGCGCCACCUCGGCGGCGCCUUCCACGCGCUGGGCUGGGCGCUGGGCGGCGCCGCCGCCGCCUUCCUCGCGGAGCUGCUCUGCGCGCCGCCGCGGCGCUGCCGGCGGCCGCCAAGGCGCCUUCGCGCCGAGCGGAGACGUCAAUUCGGCACUUCUUCGCGCGUUUCCUUCGUUGCUGAGUUGUUUGGGCUUCGCCUCACCGCCGCCGCCGCCGCCGCCGCCGCCGCCGCCGCCGCCGCCGCCGCCGACGACGACGACGGCGACGCCUAUAUGCCAAAAGUAGGAUGA